AACGCGGAAAAAGAAGAAACCUCUGUUCUGAAGAUAGGAAACAGGGACGAGGAACCUGCACCUGCAAAAGGAGCGGAAAAUUGCAAGCAAGUGUUGUGCGAAUUUCGCGGAAAGCCAGGAAGUGGGCAGGAAAACGGUGAAAGGAAACUGAAUAGCUCGAGAGGACUCGCAGCUGGAGAGCUAUUCGAAUCUGAAUCUGAAUCAGAAUCAGGGUCCUCGCAGCUGGUCUUGACCAUGAACUUCUACGACGAGGAGAUCACAAUUGGCGGACCCGACUCCAAGCAUCUGAGCAGUGUUCAAAUGGAGCCCCGAAAUGGAGGACCAGGCGGUGCUAGAGGUGGGGCAGCAGGGAGUGGAGCAGGAGCAGUGGGCGUGGAAGGAGUCGCCACUGGAGGUGUACAAAGAGCAGCCGCUGGCAGGCACCGUCGAAUGCAGUUCCAAAACAACUCUACAGAUGACGAUGGUCUGCUGCAGGACAUCAUUGACCACGAUGACGAGGCGGAGGACAGUGAGGAUGACGAUGACAGCGAGAUGCAUCUGCCCCAGGGAAUGACCAUGGGCGUGGGAAUGACGGGUCUGGUGCCCGGGCCGAACAUGCAAAAGCGACCGGGAAGUAACCGGAGUUCCAAGCCAGUACCGGAUGACACCAUGAGUUCCGGCAGCGAGGAGGCCGCAAUGGGUGCUGGAAUGGGAUCCGGAGGAGCAAGAGGCGGAGCCAUGUUACCACAUCACAAGCUAACCCUUCCCAUGAGGGGCAGUGCCGGUGGAGCAGUUAGAUCCGAGCGGCAAGAUGAGCAAUCCUUUACCAUGAGUCCCGAUAAAUGGGAAGAUCUGUCCGUGCCCGGAGAGCUCAAGGAACUCUUUCCCUAUAUCGUCAAAUACACCCCGCAAACGAUCGAUACUCCUUUCCACCUGCAGCCAUUUAUCCCCGAGUUUGUGCCCGCCGUGGGUGAUGUGGAUGCUCUUCUGAAAGUCCAGGCUCCACCACUUUUGCAGGCCCAACGCCAGAAGGAGCUGAAUGAUCACUUGGAGAAAUUGGGCUUAUGGUUGCUCGAUGAACCCUCUGGCGCUCAAAGUGAGCCCAGUCUGCUGAAUAUGAAACUUCGGUCGGUAUUGAGUGGAAGCAUGGGGCGAAAUCCCCGUCAUGCCUCCUCCGCAUCUCUAAUUCCCACCGCCCGAUCGGGAAAGGAUAUAGAUAAGUGGAUCACUGAGGUUGAACAAGUGCAUAUGACUCAAUCUAUGUACGAUGCACAGCCCAGAAAGGACAUAGAUGCCCUCUUGGAGGAUUGGCCGAGAUCCUUUAACGAUGAGGAAACCAAAAAUGCCCUAGAUCAGGCCUACAGAUCCUGCCUACAGCAGAACAAUUCUCUAGCUGACUACGUGGGAGUGCUUUGCGAGAGAUUCGGAGUGGAAGGACCUUUGGAGUCGCAGGCGGACUACAUCCACAAUGUCCACACACUCUUUGCCCUCUACUUGGCCGCCAGUCAGGCGUGGGAAUAA